GCAGUCUCUGGGCAGCUGGACAGGCUGUUCCAGGUGAGAGGCGAGUUUGAAAACCUGAUAUCCACAAACCCCCACAAGGCAGACAUAAGCAAGGCCGGCGUAUACCAGUCGGCUGACUCCAUGCAGAAAACUCUGCAAAGCAUUAAAAAUCUGGACAGCCGCGUCAGAAGCAACCAGUGGACCGAGACCUUCAGAAAAAUGACGCAGAUAAGCGCCCUCGUGUCGGACACCACCGAAAGAAACGGCUUGAGAAACAGGAACUCUAUGUCGAAAAUGUCCAGCGGAAAGGUCUCCAACAACCUCUCUUCGUGCGCAGGAAAGGAGGUGGCGGUGUGCGACAUGAAAAAGCGGUUUGACUCGCUUUUUGUCGGGCUUUUCCUCUUUUCCAUGCUGCUCUCUGUGCUUAUUGCCAUUUAA